AUUGUUAGUUGAACUGCUUUCAGCAGCCGAGGAAGCAGCACCUCUACGCUACAACUUCAUCACAGCAGAACAGGAAUUGGAUGUUGCAUGUGGAAAAGAAAACAGACACUAUCAGCUCCACUGACAACUCUGGAUAGUGGAGAGAAAAAGCAGCAGGAGAGCAGAGCUGCAGGAAGCCAACAUACCAGCAUACCACUACUAAAUAGAUAACACACCAAAAGCUCUUUCAAACCUCACACGAGGAAGGGGGGGAAACGUAACCCUGUUCCUAGACAGAGGAGUCGAGAGUUGAAGGCACAAAAGGGGAAACUAAGAGAGCUUUAUUGAAGUGUGAGGGGGAAAACGUGUGUUUGGUGGACUGACCGGACAGAAGUGGUCUUGAGACGAGGUGAGAAUAGCAGCAACAAUCUGGAGGAGGAACAGCAAGAGGUCCACCGGGCCCCACAGCACAAUUUCACUAUGAGUAUGACUGGUACUCUGGAGAAGGGGGCCCAUCACCAGGUCUUGGACCUGUCUGAGGAACUGCCGCCUCAUCACCACCAUCAUCAUCACACCAACCACCACCAGCAUCUCCACCACUCCAACUCUCUGGCCUCCACCAUGGCUGUGGGUGGAGGGAGAGAGACACCUUCACGUGUGGUCGUACCUCCUCCUUAUUCUGCAGCUGAGAGUGGUGGUGGGGGCAGUGAAGCUCCUCUGGAGCUGAGGGGGUCCCUGGACUGCUGGGCAUGCUCCGUACUGGUGACGGCUCAGAACCUGGUGAUCGCCACGAUCAACGCCUGCCUUGCUGGACUGGUGUUUGGUACCAUCCUGACGCCAGCGACUGUCAUGGUGGUGUUUGGCUUCCUCUGCCACUCUACAGUCCGCCCUCAUGGGACAACCCCCUACUGCUCAGACCUUCUGACUGAUGGAGGUUGUGUGGCUCUACUGGUGGUAGGCUUCCUCUUGGUGACCCCUCUGCUGGUCCUGGCACUGGCUGCAUACUGUCGCUUGGCCCGACACCUCCAGCUGGGCUUGUGCUUCAUCCCAUACAGCAGGGCCGUGUACAAGAACCUGCCAGCCGCCCAGCACCGUGGCUUGGGCGCUGGCUGCUGCAGUGGCCGAGAUGGAGCAGACGGCAGCGGGAAGGGAAAGGUCUGGGUGUGAGAGACGAAAGAUAGAAGUGAAGAAGACCAUUAGAUGAAGUAUAUACAGGGAAUUGAACAAAAGGGUGGGUGUAGGGAUUGUAGGGGUUGAGGAAGAAAAGGCAAAUGUAAAAACAGCAAAAUGCGUACCAGAGAAUGGAGGACAAGCUACGUUCUUAUGAAUAAUUACUACUAUCUACUAUACUAACUGAUGUUAAAGCAUGGGAGCUUUAACAUCAGUGAACAAUUAUUCACUGCUAGGAAAAACUGAACACACUGUACUAAGGAAUUGUGUUUGCUGGUAUUAUUCCACUGGACAUAUUGGCUAUUUUAAAACUUUCAAGUCAGUAACUUACAGCAAGAUCCAAUUAGCCAUUACUUAAAACACACAAAAGGUGCCUGAUAAAAUCUUAUUGCUGGGGUUAAAGAAAAGAACAAAUUGGAUGUACACAAGUGUUGUUAUAAAAAUGUAAAGCGUCUUAUCUGACCUGUAUAUGACCUUAAAUUUCCUGAAUAAAACAAAAGGAAAUAGGAAAACAGCACAUCUCACAAAGGAAGUAUUAACACUAAACAUAAUUGUACCUCAUCACUGUUAUUAUGUCUAUAGUAGUUUUCUGUGAAGCAAACUGUGACUGCAAUUUCUUUAAUUCUUUGCUUUUUAUAAAUAAAGUUUUUGGAUUCA